CUCUUGUCCUCCACUAAAGGACUCGACAACCAUGAAGGUCUUCAUCCUUGCCUGCCUUGUGGCACUUGCUCUCGCAAGUGAGGAAACACUCAGCAUUUCCUCUGAGGAAUCUACUGAAACUAUCAAUGAGAAGCUUCAGAUGGUAGAGCAAAUGGAACAGCUGCAAGCAAAGGAAGUGCUCCAGGAUAAAGUCCACCCCUUCAUUCAUUCACAACCUCAGGCUUUUCCUUACGACCAGCCCAUCUCCUGCACUCCCUUUGCACAAAACACCCAGCCUAUUGCUCAACCACUACCUGUUGCUCAGCCCCCUGUAGUGCCUUCUCUUGGGCCUGUCCUUUCUCCUGAACUGCAAGCUUUACUUAAAGAUAAAGCCACCAUCCUUCCCAAGCACAAAGCCGCAUCCGCUCUUAACCCUGAAACUCUGCUCCACCUGAUUAACUCUCAAGUCCUCAGGCUUGCUAAUCUUGCAAACCAGCACAUUCCCCAGGCUCAGGUCCAGGCUCUGGCACAGACCCUGCAGGCUUUUCUUCAGACUCCCGUGGUUUCUUCUCAGACCCAGCUGACUAUCCCUCAGUCCACAGUUCUGUACCUUCUCCAGCAAGUAGCACCCUUCCUUCAAACAGAUAUGCCUGCCCAAGCCCUUCUUCAGUACCCCGCCCUCCAGUUUCCUGCCAAUCAGCCACCUCAACCCAUCAUUGUAAGUCGGAAUUUACUUCCUUUGAAAUUCCCCUCAAAGUGUGCAUAUGAUAACGCUAAUAGAAGAAAUGGGAACUGUAGAAUGGAAGAAGAGAUGUAUAAUUCAUCCAUAAAUAGAAACUCCUCAAUGUGGGAUACAAAAUAG